UAAUGCAGUAAGUGACUCCUGCAUAUGUUAGAAAUCUGAAUGGAAUCACACAAGAGUAUUUAAUAUAUUUACAUAUUAGUUUUCUGUGUCCAGUAAGUGCAAAUAUUUUCAAUAUUCAAUUCUUGAAAUUUAGAAUAAGAGACAUGGAUUCUGGACAGACACUAUUCGAAGUGGAAAGAGAUCAAGAUGAGGAGUCAAUAGGUAAAUUUAAUAUUGAUUUAUUAUAGAAAAUCUACCUCCAGAAUAUCAAGAUGAAGCUAGACGUAUUAAAUAUCAUUUCGGACCUUAAUUCUUUGAAUUGAAGACUGUUGGUGCUUAAUUGACAUUUUCAGUAGGAGACAAACCUAUCAAAAAUUUUACUAUAAUAGAGAGACAUUAUUUUAGAGAUAAUUUAUUAAGAAGCUACGAAUUUCAAUUUCCUUUUUGUAUACCCAACUCGACUAACACUUGGGAACACAUAUACACUAUUCCAGAGAUAAAUGAGGCAAUGGUAAGGAAUUAGGAUUAUUAAUUAUAGAGACAAGAAAUGAUUAAUAAUCCAUUUUAGACAAAAUCAGACAGUUUUUAUUUUGUGGGAGAUUAACUCGUAAUGCAUAAUAAGGCAGAAUAUGAUUAUUCACCAUUUGAUUGAU